AUGAUAUCCCGUCGUGCUUUGAUGCCAUAUACGGCUGAAUUUCUAGGGACUGCCCUCCUAAUCGUAAUCGGGGAUGGAGUCGUUGCUCAAUGCCUGCUGUCCGAGUACCAGUACGGCACCUGGCUGUCCAUCAACCUGGCCUGGGCUUCUGCCGUAUGUCUCUCUGGCUAUCUGUCUGAUCCCAGCCCAACCAUCAAUCCGGCCGUGACCAUUUGCCUCGCUCUUGUACGUCCAACCGAAGGACAGUGGGGACAAAUUCCAGCCAAGCUAGCAGCACAGUUCCUGGGCGGAUUCACCGGGGCUGCCAUUGUAUACACCAACUACCGCUCGGCCAUCUUAGCCUGGGAUCCGGAAUACACCAUUCCCGGUGGCUCAAUCUUGAGCCCGCUGGGCCACCACUCCGCGGGUAUCUUUUCGACUUACCCCGCUUCCUUUUUUGAGUCGAACUGGGAGGCUGUGUUUUCUGAGGGGCUGGGCUCGGCGGUGCUGAUGUUCGGCCUGCUGACCAUCUCGAACCCGAGAAAUGCCGAUCGGUUUCCGGCCCCGCAGCUUGCUGUCUUUCUGUUGUUGCUUAUGAUCGGAGCUGCGUUAGGCUGGCAGACUGGCUACGCUAUUAACCCAGCUAGAGACUUUGGCCCGAGAUUGUUCUCUGCAAUCCUCUAUGGCCGAGAAGUGUUCACGGCGGCCAACUACUAUUUCGUUGUUCCUCUUUUCGCACCUGUCAUUGGCUGUGUUAUAGGCGCGGCAGCUUAUGACGGGCUGUUAUUUGAUGGAGAAGGAUCUCGCGUUACGGAUGCGCUGGACAAAGUUGAAGGUCACGCGUCUCUUCACUUAGAGUGA